AUGAGCAGCCAACGAGUGCCCAUCGAGCCGCAAAGGGUCGAUGCACCCUUGACUGCGUCAGCGACUUUUCUAGUUUUGAAGGUAAACAGAACGCCUGAUUCGGUCAAGACUGUCCGAUCAACGCUGGCUGGUCUGGACAGCCUCGCCAAGAAUGUCGCCAUCCGCGAUCUCAGCUCCCGGUUCGCUUGUACGGUCGGCAUUGGCAGCGACAUCUGGGAUGAUCUAACCGGACUUCCUCGUCCAGCUGAACUCCACAACUUCCGUGAAAUCAAAGGCGCGAAACAUACAGCUGUCUCGACACCCGGCGACAUACUAUUCCAUAUUCGCUCGGAGCGUCGAGAUAUCUGCUUCGAGUUCGAGCGCCAACUCCUGGAUCAACUCGCUGGCGCGACGACUGUUGUCGACGAGACCGUUGGUUUCCGCUAUUUCGACGUUCGGGACCUACUCGGCUUUGUUGAUGGCACGGCCAAUCCUGUUGGCCCCGCCGUACCAGAUUCCGUGCUGAUAGCGGAGGAAGAUACAGCCGCGCAAGGGGGUAGCUACAUCGUUGUCCAAAAAUAUACGCACGCCCUGAGCGCGUGGAAGAGUCUCUCAACAGAGCAGCAAGAAAAGAUUAUCGGGCGCACCAAAUGGGAUAAUGUUGAGCUCGAUGAUGCGGAGUCCGGCCAAAAGUCGCACAAGACUCUGAACACGAUCGAGGACGAGCAAGGGAAUGAGCAUGAUAUUCUUCGCGACAAUAUGCCCUUCGGAUCGCCUGGAUCUGGCGAGUUUGGUACAUACUUCAUCGGAUAUACUCGACGCCUGUGGGUUAUUGAGAAAAUGUUGGAACGCAUGUUUAUUGGAGAUCCUCCAGGGCUGCAUGACCAGAUCCUAGAUUUCUCUACGCCUCUAACCGGGACGACUUUUUUCGCACCAUCGAGCAGCCUACUAGCGAGUCUUGAAUAG